AACCGGGGCGCAUGCGCGGGGGGCGGCGCGAAGCCGGGCCAUGAGGGGCUUGUCCCGCCCGGUGCUGAGGGCGGGAUGGUGCGGGCGGCUUUGGGCCCCGCCGCGGAGGGCUCUGGCCGCUUCUCCGCCUUCUCCUCCCGCUGCGACCCCGGGUGCGCUGAGCCCCUUCGACCGGCGGCUGAAGCGGAAGCAGAAGAACUGGGCGGCGCUGCAGGCCGAGCCCGCCAAGUGCGAUUACCUGCGGGAGGAGGUCGGCGGCAGGAUCGCAGACAGGGUGUUUGACAUCACCAGAACGUUUCCUCUGGCUUUGGACGUUGGCUCUGGACGAGGUUAUAUAGCUCAGCAUUUGACCAAGGAAACAGUUGAAAAACUUGUUCAAGUUGAUGUGGCAGAGAAUGCUUUGAAAAAUGCUGUAGAAACUGAAAUCCCCACGGUCAAGGUUGUAGCUGAUGAGGAAUUCCUUCCUUUCAAAGAAAACACAUUUGACCUUGUUGUUAGCAGCUUAAGUUUGCAUUGGGUGAAUGACCUUCCUAAAGCUUUUAAAGAGAUCCACCACGUUCUCAAGCCGGAUGGGGUGUUCAUUGGAGCCAUGUUUGGGGGGGACACCCUGUACGAGCUGCGCUGCUCCUUGCAGCUGGCAGAGCUGGAGAGGGAGGGCGGGUUUGCCCCUCACGUGUCACCCUUCACUGCUGUCGCUGACCUGGGACACCUGCUGUCCAGAGCUGGCUUCAACACCCUGACUGUGGAUACUGAUGAAAUCCAAGUCAACUACCCAGGAUUGUUUGAGGUCAUGGAAGACUUGCAAGGUAUGGGGGAGAGUAAUUGCUCUUGGAAUAGAAAACCUCUGCUGCACAGGGAGACAAUGUUGGCAGCUGCUGCAAUAUACCGAGGUCAGUGUUUGAGAGAAAUGUAUGGAAAUAGUGAUGGUUCAGUACCUGCCACCUUUCAGAUCUACUACAUGAUUGGCUGGAAAUACCAUGAAUCACAGGCAAAACCAGCCCAGAGAGGUUCUGCAACAGUUUCAUUUGGAGAUCUGGCAAAAAUAGAAGGACUUAUUUCAAGAGGAAAAAAAUAGUUGUUCACCAAAAAUAAUGAUUGUCUGGAAGCUUCUAUAAAACUUCUCAUUGCAGAUGGUUUUCACUUGUACUUAUUGUAGUGAUGACAUUCUGAAAUGAUAAUAAUGUUCACACAGCAGGGGUUUAUGGCUUUGUACUGCCUCUGCCACAGCAUCAUCAUGGUGUUUAUUUUUUGUUUCUGGGGAAAUAUUUGAGCAGUUUUCUAAAUGAAUACAUGCUCUCCCAACUUGUGAUUAAAUUACUGUUUUCAAAAAUAACAUCUCUUCCAGCAUUUCUGUAUCACAGACUACUCCAGGUAUGAUUUGCAAGUCUUGGGUCAAUCUCAGCCUCCCUUAUUUUUUAAUUAUUCCUCAAGGAUGAUAGAUCAUAAUAAAGAAAGGCAUAUUGUAAAAGUAGAAUGAUGACAGGUGUAUUUAUAAGAUAUCCAUAGGAUAAAAUAUCAGCAAAUAAAAAUAUCUAGAUUAUUGUGA